GCAGGACGUACCGGCGCGGCGGAGCCGGCGCGCGGCUUCUCCACAGCGGAGGGUGGUGGCGCGGCCUCCGCUCCCGUCUGGGGUUGCCGCGCAGCGCCUGGCCCGGCACCAUGUCGCCCGCCAUCGCGGCCAAGGAGGGCGGCCGGCAGCGCCGACCCGGCAGCCACCAUCACUGCCUGGACGUAAGGAGUGAGGUGCCGCCCGCGCUGACGCUCUGCGGGGACGGCCCGGCGGGCGGUGAGGCCGAGGCGCUGCUCCCGCCGGAGCCAGAGACGCUGACGGCGAGGGGCCCGCGGGGCUGCCGGGCGGAGCUGGGCAGCGUGCUGCUGCUGCUGGCGCUGUACGUGUUGCAGGGCAUCCCGCUGGGGCUGGCGGGCAGUGUGCCGCUCAUCCUGCAGAGCAAGAAUGCCAGCUACACUGAGCAGGCCUUCUUCAGCUUCGUCUUCUGGCCCUUCAGUCUCAAGCUGCUCUGGGCCCCCCUGGUGGACGCCGUUUACCUGCGGCGCUUCGGCCGCCGCAAGUCGUGGCUGGUGCCCACGCAAUACGUGCUGGGGCUCUUCAUGAUCUACUUGUCCACGCAGGUGGACAUGCUGCUGGGCGACGGGCAGGGCCACGGCCCCGAUGUGGUAGCCCUCACCGUGGCUUUCUUCAUCUUCGAGUUCCUGGCGGCCACUCAGGACAUCGCUGUGGAUGGCUGGGCCCUCACCAUGCUGUCCCGGGAGAACGUGGGCUACGCCUCCACCUGCAACUCGGUGGGACAGACGGCUGGCUACUUCCUGGGCAACGUGCUCUUCCUGGCCCUUGAGUCAGCCUCCUUCUGCAACAAGUAUCUGCGCUUCCAGCCCCAGCCACGAGGCAUCGUCACCCUCUCAGAUUUCCUGUUUUUCUGGGGAGCUGUCUUUUUAAUUACCACUACACUUGUGGCCCUUUUCAAAAAAGAGAACAAGGAAUUAACACCAACAAAAGAAGAAACAAAAGGCAUCACUGAUACAUACAAGCUGCUCUUCUCAAUAAUCAAGAUGCCAGCGGUUUUUACGUUCUGUCUCUUGAUUCUCACAGCAAAGGUUGGAUUUUCAGCAGCAGAUGCUGUAACAGGACUCAAAUUGGUGGAAGAGGGAGUACCUAAGGAGCAUCUAGCCCUGCUGGCAGUUCCAAUGGUUCCUUUACAGAUAAUACUGCCUCUGAUUAUCAGCAAAUACACAGCAGGCCCCCAGCCGCUGAACACGUUUUACAAAGCUAUGCCUUUUAGGUUACUUCUUGGACUGGAAUUUGCUUUUCUGGUAUGGUGGACUCCUAGAGUAAGACAUGAAGGAGGAUUUCCUAUCUACUACUAUGCUGUAGUACUGCUGAGCUAUGCUUUACAUCAGAUCUCGCUGUAUAGCAUGUAUGUUGCAGUCAUGGCUUUCAAUGCCAGAGUCAGCGACCCGCUGAUCGGAGGGACCUACAUGACGCUGCUCAAUACUGUGUCCAACCUGGGAGGGAACUGGCCGUCCACCGUCGCGCUGUGGCUCGUUGAUCCGCUCACGGUUAAAGAGUGCGCAGGAGCCCAGCAACAGGCCUGUGGAAGUGCACUUGAGGCAGAGCUCUGCACAAAAGCUGGUGGUUCCUGUGUCACCACCCUGGAUGGUUACUACGUGGAAUCUGUCAUCUGUGUCAUUCUGGGGUUUGGCUGGUGGUUCCUGCUUGGGCCAAAGUUCAAAAAGCUGCAGGAUGAAGGACAGUCUUCGUGGAAGUGCAAGAGGACCAACUGAUGCGGUUUGAAUACUGGAUGGACUCGAGAUCAUUUUAGCUUUAUUACAGAGAUGUAUCCCAUAAUCAAUAAACAGGAAUAUAGGUAUUUUUACAUGCCAACUUGCUGGAACAGUGGUAUGUGUGAAUGUGAUACCACUUGCCUUCCCAGUGUGAAAAUUCAAGUUCAGAAUGUGAGGAUGAGAAAAUGGCACUUAUGUACUGCAUAGAGAUCCCCAUGCUCUAGCUUCAGAGUCAUGGCUUCUGAUAGAAUCAACACCUGAAUUUUCCAUAUAGUAAGUAUGGAAAAGCUGAACAGCAGCUUGGUUAGCUGAGUUCCAGUUCUUAAUUUUCAAACCAAUGAUGUGGUGCAGGCAGUGGACCAGGGGAAGGACGUGGAAGGUGUUUUGACUUGGAGGUUAAGCACAUUGUACUACAGAGUUCAUCGUGGGAAGAGAAAUGUAACUUGUCUUUGGGCUUUGUUUCUUCUCACUUUCUGGACUGUAACCACACCUCAGAGGACGAAUUAAUGUUUCAGAGAUUCUUUUAAAUGUAUUUUCUGGCUUUUUUAAGCUUUAAAGAUUUAUAACAAAAUAUUUUUAUAAACAAAGAUACAUUUGUUUAAUUUA